AUGUUGAAGUCAGAGAUGAGCAGCGUUAAGGUUGGGGAAAGAAAGCAAGUGAAGAGGCCUGCACAGGCCAGUUCAAGAAAGGGGUGCAUGAGAGGGAAAGGAGGCCCUGAGAAUGCCAUGUGCACUUACAAAGGUGUGAGGCAGAGGACUUGGGGGAAAUGGGUGGCUGAAAUCCGUGAGCCCAACCGAGGUGCUCGUCUCUGGCUUGGCACUUUUGACACCUCCCAUGAAGCUGCUUUGGCUUAUGAUGCUGCUGCUCGCAAACUCUACGGUUCCGAGGCCAAGCUCAAUUUGCCUGAUCAAUUAGUCUCUCACUGUCACCAUCACCAUCAAGUCCCUUCCUCUGCCAACACCCACAUGCUUCCACAGACGCCAAACCCAUCUGCCCAACUAACCCUUCUGCAUCAGAAUCCAUCAGGUACUUCCAGUGCCGGUUUAUCAAACGAUUAUGCUGCUCCUCUCAACGAUGUCGCAGUUCCAGUACUUCGCGAUCAUUAUCCGAAUGUGAAAGCUCAUCAGCCCCAUGGUACUUACCCUGAGCCUAAGCCAGAGGCAGAGCACAGCAAGAUGAAAGUGGAGGAGAAUGUGAGUGGCAAUGAAGGAAUGGAUUCUGGAAUUUUCUGGGGCAACGUAAGCGGAAACUUUCCGAUGUUCGAUGACUCGAUAUGGGCGGAGGCAGCCAUGUCCCUUGAUUUUCCGGUGAUAGAAGAUCAUGGCAUUUUUUCCAGCAACUUCGUCGAUGGAAGUGGUUGGGAACCAUUGCAGCCAUCUCCAUGGUAUAAAUGA